CGGCAGGCCGCACAAAAAAGAAAAAGAAAAAAGGAACUGGAGUCACGUGACCACCAGUACCACCACUCGGAGCGCGCGUCAUCGCAGCUCAGUUGCAGACGCGUCGUGCGGCUGUCCGGCACUCCGGUGACGUAGUCAGCCCCGCCCCCCAUGCCGAUCUCCUGCAGCUGAACUUGUAGACUGCGGUGUAGCCGGGCCUGGCGGCCACGUCUCCUGCGAGGAAGGGGGAGGACAUAGCGGCCUGUGUGUGCUGUGCUCCAGGAUGUGGGCUCCCGGGUCCUGCUGCUGCUGGCCGCUGCUCCUGCUCCUGUGCUGCUGGCCGCUCCUCCCCGCCUCAGCCUGGGACCACGGGGAUUUGGAGCUGUUUGACUUGGUGGAGGAGAUUCAGCAGAACUUCUACCAGUUCCUGGGGGUGGAGCAGGAUGCUACAGCUGCUGACAUCAGAAAAGCCUAUCGCAAGCUCUCCUUAACGCUGCACCCGGACAAGAAUAAAGAAGAAAAUGCAGAGACUCAGUUCAGACAAUUGGUGACAAUCUAUGAAGUAUUAAAAGAUGAAGAACGACGAGCAAGGUACGAUGAUAUCCUCGUUAAUGGCCUCCCGGAUUGGCGACAGCCUGUGUUCUAUUACAGGCGGGUGAGGAAGAUGAGCAAUGCCGAGCUAGCAUUGCUCCUGUUCAUUAUUUUCACAGUGGGCCAUUAUGCAGUGGUUUGGUCCAUCUACCUGGAGAAGCAGCUGGAUGAGCUUCUCAGCAAAAAGAAAAAGGAAAAGAAGAAGAAAGCUGGAGGAAAAUCUGUGGAAGAAGUGAAAUCUAAUCUCCUUGAAAAAAAUGAGCGGGUCCUUGAAAAACCGCAGUGGCGGGAUUUGCUUCCAUUCAAGUUGGGACUCUGGUUUUAUCUCACGGUCAGGUCCCUGCCUCAGCUAUUCCAGGAGGCGAAGCAGUUUUAUGUGGAAUACAAUGAGAAGAAGAUAAAAGAAAAAGAGGAAGCUGAAGCCCAAGCAGAGCUGGAGUCAUUGCUAAGAGAGAAGAAGCCAAAAGUGAAAAAGCCAAAAUCUGAAUUUCCUGUCUAUUCAGCUACUGAUUCUAAUUUUGGUGCUUUCAUCCCAUCGUAUGAUCAAGGCGUCAGCAUCGAAGACAUUGAGGAGCAAGUGGAUGACUGGUUAGAAAAUCGGAAUAAAACGCAGAAAAAGAAGGCCCCUGAAUGGUCAGAAGAAGACCUGAGCCAGCUGACGAGGAGCAUGGUCAAGUUCCCCGGGGGGACCCCUGGCCGAUGGGAUAAGAUUGCACAGGAAUUGGGUCGAUCGGUGGCAGACGUAACAACAAAGGCAAAGCUGGCGAAGGAUUGUGUUUCCCAUGCUCCAGGCACCAUCAGAUUAUCUGAUUUAAAAUGCACAGCAAAGGCGAAUGUGACUUUACCUGACAGCCUAAUCACUCAGCGGGAGGAAGAUGAUCCUGAUUGUCAGGGUGAGGCCCCAGUGACAGCAGCACGAGCCCGCAAAAGGAAGGGUAUGAAAACAAUCGACCCUGCCUUGGCAGCCAAAGAAGAGGCUGAGGAAAGGAUGAGAAGCAGGCGCCAAAGAGACUUUGAUACAGAGCAGGAGGCCGAAAUGGUGGGAGACAGUGAUGAUGAGGGCAGAAAGAAGGAGCAAAGCCGAGUAUUAGAAGACAUAUGGACUCAGAACCAACAGAAGCUCCUGGAGCUGGCUCUGCAGCAGUAUACAAAGGGGACAGCGGAACGAUGGGAUAAAAUAGCCAAGUGUGUCCCGGGGAAAUCUAAGGAGGACUGUAUAUGUAGGUAUAAGAUGCUGGUAGAACUGAUACAGAAGAGGAAACAAGCAAAGAGCUAAGUCAGGACGAUGGAGGUGGCAUGGAGAAGAUGGACGUUCAAGACCUCAGUAUUCUCUUUGACUUUCUACGUGCCUUAGUAUUAAAUAUAUGAAUUUUAAAGCCUCUUUAUGUGCGUAAUAAUUAAAACAUAUUUUUUAUAUCAUAAA